GGCCGUGAGGGCAGCGGGGAGGGGACACCGGGGCCGCGCCCACCCCCACGGCCGCCACGGCCCCGGCCGCCACCCCCGGCCGCUCUGCCAGGGGGAUCUGCGGGCGGAGAACUUCCUGGAGAUCCCCCGGGAGCUGAAGGUCGCGCUGAGGGCGGGGGGGCCCCCAUGGUGAGGGCGCGCAGAGCCACGUCGCGGCCUGCGGGCCGCUGUUCCCUGUGGAAGGAGCUCUGUGCCUUCCCCUUUGGUUUUUGCAUUGCUUAUGCGGGAUUCCGGCUGUGGCCUCUGGCGCUUGUCUUGGCCGUGUCGCCUGUUUUUCCCUGUCGGCUGUCGUGACCCUGCCGCCAGGCCGGCUCCCAACCCGCCGGCUGAAUCCGAACAAGCAGAAUGGGAAUAAAUAAACACGGCGUGGGCGACGGUAGGAAGAAGCGAGGUCUGUGGAAGUGAAGCUGAGCGUUGAACUUAAACCCAAACGAUUUUUCUGUGCUGAGCCAGGAUGGGUUUGGCUGAGGACAAAGUGUACACCCAUAUUACGAGAAACCUCAAGAAGUUCGGGACUAUCCGAGUGGCGUCGCUGGCCGAUUCCCUGACCUGCCUGGUCGAUUCUGACAGAGAUGAACUCCUCGCCCGGGAGGAGACACGGGGCAACCAGGCAGCAGUCUUUAGGUUCUAUCAGCACCUGAGGUGCCGGAAGGGCUGGGUGCAGGAUCUCAUCCAGGCGCUGCACCAGAACAACGCAGGGCACUUGGCCGAUGAGCUGCAGGAAAUCUAUGAUACCUGGCAACCUCGACCUCGCUCCUCAGCUCCUGCUGGUGCCUCCUCCCUUCCCAGUGAUGUCCAUCCCACCACCUCCUCCAUCAGUGCCCAGACACCAUCCCAGGGGCCAAAUCCUGCCCCGUUGGCUGCGCAGCCACGCCGAGACCUGACCACUGGUGACCAUCCACCUGUCCUGCCCAGUGCUGCCACCACCAUGAGCACGGAGCUGGAGGCCAGACUGCCGGUGCAGGAAUUGCUCCCCAAAAAACUCCCGGAGCAAGAGAAUGCCCGGCCAGUUCCACCUGGGAGCAAAGUCCAUGGCGGAGUGAGCGGUGGGCACAGCGGAGAGGGGAAUCUCUCGCACCCCUCCAGGACCGUGCCGGUGUCAGCGGGGACGCCAGAGGUGGAAGUGCCACCAGCCGUGUCCCCAGAGCAGGGCCGGGACUGGCUGAGCCGCCGGCCGGUGUGUGUGGACAACGGGUUUUUCGGGAAUGCCAACCACCUGCACCGCGGCACGCCGGGCCUGGCCCUGGGCAGGUCUGUUCCAUCGAGGGAUGCGGGUGCCACUCAGAGCCCUGGGCAGGCCAGGAACGAGCCCGAAGAGAGCUCGGAUAUCUUCACAGAGUCACCACCAAGGCUGGAGGGAGCCACUCGUGGUGUGGGGCAGCAGCCCCCAAACUCAGUGCCAGAAAAGCAGCCUGUGCCAAGCUCUGGGCAUGGUGAGCCCACGGGCAGCUUCGUGGAUGUGCGCAGCCCCCUCCUCAUACAGGAGCAGUUUGAUGUGGAGAAGAAGCGGGUUGGGAUGCUGCGAGAGCACCCAGGGAGUGGAGGUGCUCCGAUGGAAACAACUACCCUGGGUGCUACCCCUGUGCCCAGAGACACUUUCCCAUCCCGUGACACCUCUGUGAAGUCUCUUACUCAAGAGAAGAAACUGCCCAGUGGGAACACAGCCAUGAGCACCCCCUCUGUGCCAACGAAGGAGAAAGUGCUCCCGGCCUCAGCAAACCCUGUCCUGGGCACAGCUGUGGUAGGCAGCUCCGAAGGCGUGGCUGGGAGAUCAGCUUCCCGGGUGAGCUGUGCCACGAGCAUCUGGGCAUCUCACAGUGAUGAGGAGAGGGAAGAGGAGCUCCACAAGCCGGGCGUCCUCGUGUCCAUGCCUCGGGGCAGCCCAGAGGUGGCCGGCAGAUGCCCGAGCUCUCGGGAGCCCAGCAACCCCUGUUCCACCACCUCCAGUAGCCUUGGCCUCAGCAGCGACCCAGUCCUGGUGAGCAGGGAUAGCCUGAGCUCAGGAGCAGCGUUCCCCAGAGUCUCCUCGGUUCCUGCAGGCCCCAGAGAAAAGGAGGCAUCUGGAGCAAGCAGAGACUCCUGUCCUGCUCCGAGCUGGAACAGCACCUCCCUGGCUACCCAUGAGGUCCGUGUAGAUCAUCACCCCAGCGUCCAGCUUGGAGCCGGCAGCGACGGAGUCAGGCCCCUCGGAAGCUCCGUGAAUCCCAGCUCUGGCAGUGGCCGUGAUGCUGCCACCAGCUCACCUCAGGCCAGAGUCCCAAAGGGGGACAGCAGUGGCCUGUCCCUGCUGUACAUCCUUCCAGCCGUCGGCGUCAUUUCUGCCGUGGCAUUCGCGGUGUACAUCCGGCUGCGGAAAUAGUGCAUGGCAUGCCACGACCGUGACGCAGCCAAGGAGAUUCCUCUGGCAACAGGAUUUUGGCCAACGCAUUUGAAGCCUGAAGAGUAGCAAGGGGCAGUAGGGACGUUGUUAUAUCUUUUUCUGGAAGGUUCUGCUGGAAGAGGCCUUGGUACAUGAUGCUGUUGGGUUGGGUUCAUUCCCUCCAAUUUCCCAACCAUCUUCUUCGCUGUAGCCUUCUCUUUUCCUCCGCCCCUGGAUUAGAAGAUCCCACUCCAAAAUGAUCCAUUGAGUCAAAAAGGAAAGCACUCUUGCUGAUUCUUCAUGUCUUUCUUGUUUGGUCCCAGGAGGCUUCAGGGAAACAUAUACUGGUGAUCCAAAGGGUGACCUCCAGGUCCCUUGUGCAGUGCAGCCAGGAGAGGUUGCGCAGAUAUCCAAUAACAGCAGAGCUGAUUUUCUUGGCUCUGCUCCUCUUGGCUUGAAAAUGUACCCAAGGGUGGGUGCAGCAGCCUCCACUGGACAUCUCAUGUUCAGUUUGCCUUACUUGGUGUCUCUGGGAUUACUUCUUGUAGUACUGACCCUGGGGAUAAACAUGAGGGUCAGGAAAGAUCUGCAUCGAACCAACAUUAUCAAGGAUCAGCCUCAUUUCACCCACGCCAGGCAGGGAAAGGGGUUUCUGAUUUAAGAGGAAUGUUUCAGGCAAUGCCAGUUUCAAGCAGACUUGGUCCCACAAAAUGUUGUUGGGUGUCUUUGAUUUUUAGGCUGGAUUUUUGGAGCUUGGUUGGAAGGGUAGGUGGAGUUCUCGCCCCUCCUGAUACCUGUUACAUGGGGUAGGGGUAUAGGAACCUUCUGCCCAGGCUGGGACACAAACAGGAUCAACUGUGCACUGCAGGGAGGCCACACCAGAGUCUGAGAUGCUCUGAGCUAUGAGGGAGACCUUGUAGCACCUUCCAGUGUCUAAAGGGCUUGGAACAAACUGGUCUUGGGGAAGGUGUCCCUGCCUUGGCAGAGGGCUGGGAUGAGAUGCUCAUUAAUGGCCCUUCCAACCCCAGCCAUUCUGUGAUUCUAAAAUACGGCGAAGCAAUGAAAAAGCAGCAGCCUGGAGUAGUUAUGUUGCUCCAGGUUGCUCCAAGCCCCAUUCAGCUUGGCCUUGAACUCUUCCAGGGAUGGGGCAGCCACAGCUGCUCUGGACAACCCGUGUCAGUGUUUCACUACUCUCACAGGGUGUUCUUCCCUGUAUCCCAUCUAUCCCUGCCCUCUGACAGUGGGAAGCCAUUCCCCUUUGUGCUUUCACUCCAGGUCCUUGUCCAAAGUCCCUCUCCAGGUCUCUUGUAGCCUGUUUAGAUACUGGAAGCUGCUGGAAGGUCUCUUCCGAGUGGUCUCCAGUGGAACACUCCCAACUCUCCCAGCCUGGCUCCAGAGCAGAGGGGCUCAGUUCUGUGGCCUCCUCUGGACUCACUCCAGCAGUUCCACAUCCUUCUUAUGUUGGACACAGCACUGCAGGUGGGGUCUCACCUGAUUAGAACAGAGGAGCAGAAUCACUUAAUCCCCCUGUAUCCAGUAAUUUAUUCAUCCUAAAUUCCUGCCAUCAGCACAACUUCCCAAAAUCCACUCUUCCUGCUGGCAGGGAGUUCAGCCCUCUGGGGCCUGGCUGCAAAGUGCAGCCAUCACACCUGGAGCUUGGCCUGUGGUGGGAAAGGUCACUCAGCCCUCAAUGGCUGCUCCACCCUCCCAAUAGUUUCCUUCUGCUCAAAAAUCCAAGAAGUGCCUCCAUAAAACUAAGGACAGCCAAUAGAUGCAAGAGGGAGGUGUCGACUGUGGUGUGUCAGGGCUGCUUUCCAGAAGAGCUUGAGGUGUUCAUUCCUUGCUCAGUGCCUGCUGCUGAAGGAGGAAGGGACAGUCCUUAAAACACACUCCAUCCCUCUGCCAGGAGAGGGAAUAUGGGGACUGCUCUUCCCAUUAAAAAUAAAACAGUUAUCACUCCCUAACAGGAGGGACAGGGAGGGACUUGCUUUCUCCACACUUUCUGUAAUUCAGGGCAGAUCCAUGAGAUCCCAAAGCAGCUGCAUCCAUACCAAGGCACUCUUCUCUGAUGCUUUACUUGCCUGUGAAAUUCUUCCCAUGUAUUUCCAUAUAUUUAAGCAACAGCUUGUAUGCUUUGCCUUUUCAUGUCAGAUUUCUCUUGUGAAACAGCUGGUUUGUCACCACCUCAGAGUGGGGAAAGCACAUGUUCAGAUUGCUGCUGUGAAGUGCCAGGAUUUUCACAGUUGUUACGUAGCACUUUAAAGCCUCAUUGGCAGGAGAUGGUGCAGGAGGGAGCUGUCCUAGCACAUUUUUUUACUAACAGGCUAAAAAGCCUUUUACUAACUAUAAUAAAUUGGUUUGAUGCUUCA